AUAGCUUUGGCCUUGGCUUUCCAAGACCCUUAAUAUAUUAUGAAGAAAUAGGAUAGCCAAAUUUGAUUGUUGUUUAUUUAAACUUAAAUAUGUUUUUGCUAUUUGUAUGAAACCAGUUUAUACACAAGAAUGUUCGCAUUUCUUAUACUUAGAAAUUGACAUAGAUUAUUAGAACGUGACGUAAGCUGGUUCAAAUGAUUAAUGAAAGUUACAGUUUUAUCACUUCGAACGGAAUUAAUGGAGGUAAAAAAAAUUACGUUUAUGUUUACGUUAUCCAAAUUUUUGACUCGCAUCUUUCCUUAAAAAUUUUAUUUAAAAAAUACUUCUUUGAACAAAUUUAAUUGACUCAAGCUUCUUUUCGAAAACUAUUUCGUUGUAUAAAAUGAUUUCGUACUAAUUUCUGGAUUGGUAUUUUCGGCAGGUCUCUUGCUUUUUUUUCUUCUUUUUUUUCUGCCAAGGGAAACUACUCUACACUCUACAAGUGAAAUGGCGACAUGUAUGCUGUUUUCUAAACUUUGUCAGUAAGUCUCAAGGUGCUUUUUAAAAAUAUUAGUAAAAAAAAUUUUUUUUUAAAUAAUGUUUUUAGCAGUACUGUUUGGUUUUCGUACAUUGGUUUGGUACCGAGGUUAUCUACCACUUGAUCUUGAUGAGCGUCGGCCAAGAAAAAAUACAGUAGUUUUCGGUUAAAGGGUUUGGGUAGCCGGUGCCGGUGGGUGAGGAAAUGAGGUCAAGCUUUUCACGAAUUGUUCUUCUUAUAAACGUUUCUGUAAUUGUUAAUUUUUAGGUGAAGCCUGUAAUUGUUAAUUUUUAGGUGAAGCUCAGUAAGCCUAGCCCUAGGCUGGGGUACUGCGCUAUUUAAAACCACCUUAUAACUUUAAAAGUGCAGUUCAAGUGCGUAAUUAACGCAUUUUGUACUUUCGCAUAUAAACUUACAUGUAUUCUUUAUAUUCAUUCUUUGUAUUCAAAUCCCGGCAGUAAUAGUUAACUACUACUGAAUACAUGUCCGGCGACUGGACAAAUAAUUCUCGAGAUAUUCGUCCGGCGACCAGGUCUGUUGGGCGAGAUAGCUGUCCAUCAGCCUUGUCGUGUGACCGUUAAUAGUUGAUCAUAAAACUGGAGAUGCAUUGGGCGCGACGAGUAUACACUUCAUUUCAAGAAAUAAUGGGGGGGGGGCAAUGCAUAUUAAAUUAGAAGGAAGAAAUACUGAGAGCGAGAGAAAGGAUAAAUAUGAAUGAUAGUGACGGUGAUAAAAAAAUUAGGCAAGGAGGUCCAAAGUUUACAAAGAAAUAGACCAGCCUACAUCUUAAUAUAGGGCCAAUAUAGUGUGCUAUUGGGGUAGCCUUCUUCUCACGCAAUAUUAAUAGCCUAAAAUAAAACAUUUUUUAACAGUAGAUCUAUGGACAGUCAACUGGCAUGUAUUGGUCUUAUUUUCUUUGCUUCAUAUUUUAAAUUUAGGCUACUAGGUAGAGCUUUAUAAGAUAUUUAAACCAAGAUAACAGACUUUUUAUUUUUUUAAAUUUUGCCGGCAACGUCUUGUCACGUGACAUGCCUGCAGGAAGAAUAUGUCCCGCUGUAUUUAUCCGGUCGCCGGACGUGUAGACACUGCCUUCUUUUUAUUUGAUUUUCUAAAGCGUCUUACUGUGAACAUCCCCCCAACCAUGUACCUUAACUCCAUUUGUUUGUUUUUUUGUUGUUUUUUUUUUACCCUAUUGCCAGAUUUUUAAUCACCUUUAAGUUGGUAAGCUAAACGAAAUGUUCAAACUGUAGGCAUGUUCACCAAAAUAAAAAAAAAUACUGGGUGGUGGGGGUAUGUGUGUGUGUGUGUGCGUUUGAAUGAACUUAAUUCGAUGUUCCGUUUAGGCAUAGGGGCCCAAAAUUUUGUUUUUUCUUAUAUGAGAUGUAUAAAUAUAAUUCCAAACAAAGGCAUGGGUGAAUGAAUUAGAGACCGACCAAAAGUAUUUUCUGAUUUUGACCGAAACCAGGUCGAAUGUUAAAAAAUGACCCAAAACUUAACUUUUCAUUUUGGGCCAAAACCGAAAUUAAACCAAAAGUUAACUUUUCACUUUCGGCCAAAACCGAAGCCGAAAAAUUUAAAUAUUUCAAAACUCGUUUUAGCACACGUUCUGCUGACCGCGAAAAAUGAUGGAACAACUUUUGUGGCUAUUUUUAUUCGGCAUAAAUGAUUCUCACACAAUUUAUCCAAUGAAGUGAACCUUCUCCCCUUCUUUGGGUUUUACCAUUUGCAUAAAAAAAUAUUUUACAGCUAAUAAACAAUUAAAUUUAAAUUAGUAUUUUAAUUUUAAAUUUUGACUGGGGGAAGGGAAAAUUCAUGCAAAAUAGACACUUCUUUUAAAAUAUAAUUACAACGCUAUCUAAACUUAUAAAUGGUAUCGACAGAGAGCUUAGGCUUUCUGUCGUUUAAUGGUAUGCACUAUUUAAAUGUCCACACACGAGACUUGAAAAAAACUCUUUUCUUCUGAGAACCCAUACAUUUUUUGUUGAAACUCAUGUUAUUAUUAGUCGACCCGAAAUUGUUUAUUUAUCGGCAAUUAUCAUUUGUCUGCUAAUUUUAGAUUUGAACUAGAUUGAACAAAAGUUUAGCGAAUGUUGGUUUAGUUUGAUUAUCAGACACAUUACAUAAUUAUUUACAAAACAGUGACACAUGCAUACAUAUGUAUCCUUAUGAUUUAAAUUUAAAGGAAACUUUUUCCUAAUUAUACAAAAUUGAAAAAGUAAUGAUGUUUUACAAUUUUUUAAAAAUAUUACUAAAGGUACAUUCUUUUCUUUCUUUACAUUUGAUUCCAUACACUUCACACUUGACUCAUGUGGUGUGAUAUUUUAAACUUUUAUUUCGUUGUCAGUAAAAACGUUUAUGAGCACGAUAACGUGAAUGUCAAUGAAUUAAUUAAUUGAGAAAGCCUAGUGAUCCCAAAUUAAAAAGAAUAAUGUGAAAAAUAAUAAAGGAAAUCUUACAAUUGCCUAAACAAUGUUGUUCACAAUGCUAGUUACCUUGGACUAGGUCUACAUUUUUGAGCAAGAUAAUGAUAAAUCAAAAUGCAUUUCACAAAUAAAUGACUUGAACAAAGCUAGUGUUCCCAAUUUAAAAAAAGAAAAUCAAAAAUAAUAAUAUAAAUAUUAGGGGUGUGCCGGAUCCGUUUUUUCCAACCGGAUCCGGAUCCGGAUUUUCUUAUGCGAAAUCCGCCGGAUCCGGAUUCCGGUUUCUCCCGGAUUCCGGAUUUUGGUACUAUUGGUAGAUACUUCGGUAAGUCAAGGUGGACUACUACUUUUUGUGUAUGGGAAUUCGCAAUCGGCGCCAAAAAAUCCGAGUUUUUAAUUUUCCGAUGUGUGUGUCUAUUUAUUAUUAAAUUAGUACUUUCGAUAUAUAUUUGAGUUCCGUUCCAUUUGGAUAAGUGUCUUACGAGAGACGCCAUGUUUCUACGCGUUCGCAGCAGGUUAUGCAGCUCGCUCAACCUAAUUUCGCCAUGGGGUUGGCCACGCCCCCCUUUUUAAUGGCGGAAGUUGACGAUACUUAGGAAAUAUUAAUUUAUUAUCACUAUUUACAUCAAAAUAAUUGAUAACUUGUGUUUCAGAAUGCAUUUAAAGACAUUUAAACUGGAAUGUUUUAAUUUGAGCUUUAACAACCCGGUAGAAUCCAUAUUAUAAAUGAUCAGAAUUUACCGUGUGCAACACGUUGUCAUUGGCAACCAUUCACAGCCACUUGCAUAACUGUAUCGUAGUACUACCUCAGAGUUUCAUUCAUAAGAGUUUGCCGUGUGCAAAAACUAUUAAACCAUUGGUCAGGGAAAGCUUUAAUUAAUUAUUCAUGUGCCAAAGUUGAAAGUUUAAACUAAGUCUAAACAGUAUUUUAGUGAUAAGGCAGGGAAUGCGUUGCCUUAUAUAAACUAUAUAGUCAUUGCGCAUGACGGGAUUGGCGGAAUGAGAUCACAGAAUGUGGAGAUGCAGUCCAUGUUAAAAAAUGACAAACCAAGUCGUACUUUAAAAAUUCAUAACUUUAAAACUACAACAGCUAAAAAUAUGAUUUUGGUGUUAUAAUUCUUUAAAAAAUUACAUCUUUUCAACUAUGCCAUUGGUUUAUUUUUACAAAAAGUUUAAAUUUUCUUAUCAAAGUCCCUACACUAUUGGCCACUAUUAGCGGUGCUGACUCUAGCCUCUGGUAUGUACGGAAUAUUAAACAUUAAACAAGCUCAACGCUCGAAACAAUCGAUUAAUGUAUCGUGAUCGUGUGAAAUUCGGGAAAGAGAAUUACUUUUAUUUCAGAUUAUGAUCCGGUGAGUCACAAAAUCUGGCAAAUUCCGAAAUCCGGUAUAUUCCGGAUUCCGGAAUCCGGUUGUUCCGGAUACAUGUAAAUCCGGCGGAACCGGAUUUCACCGGAUAGUGCAAAAUCCGGCGGAACCGGAUUCCGGACCGGGGUCCGGCACACCCCUAAUAAAUAUAACCACUACCCCAUAGUUUUUCCCACAAAACUGUUAACUUUUUCUUUUGCCUUAUUGAAAUUUCAUUUCUUAAAAUAUUGGACAAGUCAUGAAGCUGUCAACAUUGUUCGAAAAUUAUUUGUUACAUAUUACCGAUGACAGCAAUACGUCGCGAAAUAAAUAAUAUCGGAUUGCCAGCUGUCAGAGUGACAAUCUGACAUCUGGUAGAAGACCGAAGGCAUUUUUCAAUUUCGGCUAGACGGCCGAAAAUCUCAGUCACUUUCGACCGAAAUGAAAAGUGAACUGAAACUUAACUUUUUAGUUUCGUCCGAAACCGAAAUUAAACCGAAAGGCUGAAAGUGAUAAAAUGGUAACUUUCGGCCCCGAAACCGAAGCCGAAAUUCCGUCGGUCUCUAGAAUGGAUCUAGAUCAAACUUAGUGCACAUACACUUGAUUAUCUAUAUUCAAAUACCAGAACUGAAGGGUAAUGAACUAAUAAUUAAAAUUGUUCUUAAAACUAUCCAAUAUGACGUCACUUAUGAUGGCAUUCAGAAAUGAUUUUUUUUUAGCCCUUUAGCUAAAAUCUAAAUUAAGGGGCCUGUAAAAAACACAUGAAUCAUUUUUUUUUAAAACUUUCUCCCCUUAAAAAAAAAAAUUUAAAAAAUACAAUUCUAAGGGUAUCCUGAUCCCAAGUGGGGAUCCCUUCCCAGUAGUGAUCCCAUUCAUCCCAGUGGCAUCGCAGCCUUAUUUGGAAUAGCGUUACUUGUGGGACACCAACACCAUUGGGAUGAACCAGGGGAUCCCUUUCCUGAUGGGAUCCAACUUACCGGGGGGAACCGAACAUGGUGGGAUCGAGUAUACCAGAUGAGAUCACGUUUCCUGAUGGGAUCCUAUACCUGUUGGGAUCUCUAUUUCCAGUGGGAUCCUGUUCCUCUGUAGGAUCUUGUUCUCCAAUGGGAUCCCAUUCACUGAUGUGAUCCCAUUACCGGUGGGAUCCAGUACCCUGAUGGAUCCCAUUCCCUUGUGAGAUCCCGUUGCUUGGUGGGAUCCCAUUCUCCAUUUAAUCCCAUUCAGGUUGGAAUAUAUUCUCUGUUGUAAUACUAUUUCAAUUAUAAUCGGAUCAAGUGUCUCAGUUGGAUCCUGUUAGGAUCUUGUUCCUCAGUGAGAUCAUGUUCACGGUGGGAUUCUGUUCCCCGAAGAAAUUAUGAAAAGUUUUGCCAUAUCUUGGCUAAAAUCCAUCAAUACACAAAGUAGUGUUAACAGUAAUUCAAGCCUUCAACUUCAUGUAUGCAUGUAUAGCUAAUGCCAAAAUACAUGUAAUGUACAAUUAAUGUGGAACUUUCUAGAAACUUCCAAAAUUAUCUUUAAUUCUUAUUCUAUAAUAUUCUGGGAAACUCAUUAAAAGUUAAUGAAACAAUAAACAUGAUAAUUAAGGUCAUUUAAAUAAGCUUUAGAAGAGUAUAGAAAAAAAGAAUAUCUUUGCUUCUAGAAUAAUCUAGAAACUUCAUGAAACAUGUAAAAAGAUGACUCAGACUCAGUGAUACUUAAAAAAUCCCCAGGAAAGUACAGACAUGAAUAGAAUUAAACAAACAUUUCAAUCAGCUUUAAGUUCCCAUUAUAUAUUCCUAUGGAAUAAUAUCACCUAACUAUGAAGCAGCUUGGUCAUAUGAUAUGCCACAAACCGUAAUAAAGCACGAGACAGCAGUUGCACAGUUGUAGAUUAGUGCAACUUUAUGAGAGAAGAAUGUACCGUGUGGCUUGAAAAUAAUCCAGAUCAAAUUGGAGGCAUUGGUUAAAAAGUCAUAGCUUGGGUGGUGGCGGUAGGGCUGUAGGGUGGGGUAAGCUUGGUUAAGUGGUGGAGAAACACCUAUUUUAUAUGAUGAACUAUUAACUGAGGUGUCACCUCAGACCUUCCCAACUCACUACACACACUCACAUAAGGUAGUCUUUGAUGAGUGUUUCUUCUCUCCUCUAAUGGAUUUCCAACGUUGUGUUUUUAUCAAAGUGAUGAUGGGCAUUACGCCCGCUACCCUCCCCCUUUCCAUCAGAGCGUGAUCACAGACAUUACGCCCGCUACCCCUCCCCCUUUCCAUCAGAGCGUGAUCACAGACAUUACGCCCGCUACCCUCCCCCUUUCCAUCAGAGCGUGAUCACAGACAUUACGCCCGCUACCCUCCCCCUUUCCAUCAGAGCGUGAUCACAGACAUUACACCCGCUACCCUCCCCCUUUCCAUCAGAGCGUGAUCACAGGCAUUACGCCCGCUACCCUCCCCCUUUCCAUCAGAGCGUGAUCACAGACAUUACGCCCGCUACCCUCCCCCUUUCCCUCAGAGCGUGAUCACAGACAUUACGCCCGCUACCCUCCCCCUUUCCCUCAGAGCGUGAUCACAGACAUUACGCCCGCUACCCUCCCCCUUUCCCUCAGAGCGUGAUCACAGACAUUACACCCGCUACCCUCCCCCUUUCCCUCAGAGCGUGAUCACAGGCAUUACACCCGCUACCCUCCCCUUUCCUCAGAGCGUGAUCACAGACAUUACGCCCGCUACCCUCCCCCUUUCCCUCAGAGCGUGAUCACAGACAUUACGCCCGCUACCCUCCCCCUUUCCCUCAGAGCGUGAUCACAGACAUUACGCCCGCUACCCUCCCCCUUUCCCUCAGAGCGUGAUCACAGACAUUACGCCCGCUACCCUCCCCCUUUCCCUCAGAGCGUGAUCACAGACAUUACGCCCGCUACCCUCCCCCUUUCCCUCAGAGCGUGAUCACAGGCAUUACACCCGCUACCCUCCCCCUUUCCCUCAGAGCGUGAUCACAGGCAUUACACCCGCUACCCUCCCCUUUCCUCAGAGCGUGAUCACAGACAUUACGCCCGCUACCCUCCCCCUUUCCCUCAGAGCGUGAUCACAGACAUUACGCCCGCUACCCUCCCCUUUCCCUCAGAGCGUGAUCACAGACAUUACGCCCGCUACACUCCCCCUUUCCCUCAGAGCGUGAUCACAGACAUUAUACCCGCUACCCAUCCCUUGCCGUCAGAGCGUGACAACAGACAUUACGCCCGCUGCCCAUCCCUUGCCCUCAGAGCGUGACAACAGACAUUACGCCCGCUGCCCAUCCCUUGCCCUCAGAGCGUGAUCACAGACAUUAUGCCCGCUACCCUCACCCCUGGCUCUUAGAGUGUGAUCUUAGGCAUUACGCCCGCUACCCCUCCCUUGGCCUCAGAGCGUGAUCACAGACAUUACGCCGCUACCCUUCCCUUGCCCUCAGCAUGAUCACAGACAUUACGCCCGCUACCCUCCUCCUUGCUCUCAGAGUGUGACCACAGACAUUACGCCGCUACCCUUCCCUUGCCCUCAGCAUGAUCACAGACAUAACGCCCGCUACCCUCCUCCUUACUCUCAGAGCGUGACCACAGGGAUAUACACCGCUACUCUCCCCCUUUCCCUCAGAGCGUGAUCACGGACAUUACGCCCGCUACCUUUCCCUUUCCCUCAGAGCGUGACCACAGACAUUACGCCCGCUACCCUUCCCUUUCCCUCAGAGCGUGAUCACAGACAUUACGCCCGCUACCCUUCCCUUGCCCUCAUUGUGAUCACAGAAAUUACGCCCGCUACCGUCCCCCAUGCUCUUAGAGCGUGAUCACAAACAUUACGCCUGCUACCCUCCCCUUGCACUCAGAGCGUGAUCACAGACAUUAUGCCCUCUACCCUGCCCUUGCUCUCAGAGCUUGAUCACAGACAUUACGCCCGCUACCCUCACCCUUGCUCUCAGAACGUGAUCCCAGGCAUUACGCCCGCUACCCCCCCUUGCCCUCCGAGCGUGAUCACAGGCAUUACUCCCGCUACCUCACCCCCUUCCUCUCAUAGAGUGAUCACAGACAUUACGCCCGCUACCUUACCUUACCAUCACAGGCGUGGCAUACGCCAGCUACCCUCGCCUUGCCCACAAAGCGUGAUCACAGACAUUACGCCCGCUACCCUUCUCUUGCCCUCAGAGCAUGAUCACAGACAUUACGCCCGCUACCAUGCCCUUGCCCUCAGAGCGUGAUCAUAAACAUUACGCCCGCUACCAUGCCCUUGCUCCAGAGCGUGAUCACAGACAUUACACCCGCUACCCUCCCCCUUCCCUGAGAACGUGAUCACAGACGUCAUGCCCUCUACCCUCCCCUUUCCCUCAGAGCGUUAUCACAGACAUUACGCCAGCUACCCUCCUCCUUUCCCUCAGAGCGUCAUCACAGACUUUACGCCCGCUACACUCUCCUUUUCCAUUAGAGCCUGAUCACAGACAUUACGCCCGCUACACUUCCCUUUCCCUCAGAGCGUGAUCACAUACAUUACGCCGCUACCCUCCCCCUUUCCCUCAGAGCGUGAUCACAGGCAUUACGCCGCUACCCUCCCCCUUACUCUUAGAGCGUGAUCACAGACAUUACGCCCGCUACCCUCCCCCUUACUCUUAGAGCGUGAUCACAGACAUUACGCCCGCUACCCUCCCCCUUGCCCUCAGAGCGUGAUCACAGACAUUACGCCCGCUACCCUCCCCCUUGCCCUCAGAGCGUGAUCACAGACAUUACGCCCGCUACCCUCCCCCUUUCCCUCAGAGCGUGAUCACAGACAUUACGCCCGCUACCCUCCCCCUUUCCCUCAGAGCGUGAUCACAGACAUUACGCCCGCUACCCUCCCCCUUUCCCUCAGAGCGUGAUCACAGACAUUACGCCCGCUACCCUCCCCCUUUCCCUCAGAGCGUGAUCACAGACAUUACGCCCGCUACCCUCCCCCUUUCCCUCAGAGCGUGAUCACAGACAUUACGCCCGCUACCCUCCCCCUUUCCCUCAGAGCGUGAUCACAGACAUUACGCCCGCUACCCUCCCCCUUUCCCUCAGAGCGUGAUCACAGACAUUACGCCCGCUACCCUCCCCCUUUCCCUCAGAGCGUGAUCACAGACAUUACGCCCGCUACCCUCCCCCUUUCCCUCAGAGCGUGAUCACAGACAUUACGCCCGCUACCCUCCCCCUUGCCCUCAGAGCGUGAUCACAGACAUUACGCCCGCUCCCCUCCCCCUUUCCCUCAGAGCGUGAUCACAGACAUUACGCCCGCUACCCUCCCCCUUUCCCUCAGAGCGUGAUCACAGACAUUACACCUGCUACCCUCCCCCUUUCCCUCAGAGCGUGAUCACAGGCAUUACACCCGCUACCCUUUCCCUUAGAAGCCUUGUUUGGGGGGGGGGGGGGGAAGGGGUGGGGGUUGUUGUAAGAUUAGAAGUUGAUUACCAAUCAAUUUAUCAGGGACACGCUUCAUUAUUAACUUGUGUAGAAAGGUAUCUGAUCAAGAGUGACCGGGGACUUGGCAUUCUUUUUCAAAGAACAACAGAGUUGGAGUCUCAGUGCGCGCAAAGCAGUGGGCAUGGCAAAAGACGCAAAGCUUACAUGAGAAAGCGACCGACGUCCAAGCUACCGAUGGACAAGGUAACCAGAGGCAUGAAUAGAGCACAUGGUGUUGAUGUAAAACAUUUCUUGAACUUUAACUAUGGUUGAAGUAUUCUUGUAGUGUUGAUGGUCAUCUCAUACUGAUGGUAAGCAAAUACGUUGUGCGUGAUUGGUCAGCUCUAUUUGAGCUACCCUCCCCUUUUUUCGUAUGCUAAUUCGCUUAAGGUGACUGAGAUGCGAUUAUCAAAAUGAGGGUGGGAGCUAGUGAUUACAUAUGAUAAAACUGACUCAUUUUGCGGUAUUACUGGUAGUGGGAUCACUUUUUUCAAAAUGGCAGGACGACCAAGAUAAACAAGAAUGAGGCAGGGCAAGGAGGGCGCAUCACAGGUCAUAGGCAGACCUAAACAGAUGAGUUUUAAGGGACUUUUUGAAAGUGGACGAGGUUUCACUAUGACGUAUAUGGAAGGGGAGCUGGUUCCAGAACGUGGGCCCAUGGAAGUAGAAGGAGCGUUCACCGAUGGUCUUAGUUUUAGUUCUUGGGAUUGAGAGGGUUCUAUUGUCAAUGGAAGAGCGUAGUUGUCUUGUGGGGAUGUAAGGAAGCAAUAGUUCAGAGAGAUAGACAGGAAAGUGAGGGUCAGUGAACGAGUUGAAGCAAAGAUUGGCAGACUUGUACUUGAUGCGAGAGGAUAUUGGAAGCCAGUGGAGUUGCUGCAUGUGUGGUUGAAUUGGGUCGUAUUUCUUUUCAUUCAGUCGUGGUGCAUGAAAGAAAUUGUGUGGAUACCACGCUCCAUGGGUGCACACACAAAACAGAAAAUCUAUGGAUGUGCGCCAAAUGUAAACUAAAAAGACAGUACGGAACAAGUGAUACAUUGUUUCCAUCCUAUUUAAAGGAGUUUCAGUUCCUUGGCAAUAUUACAAAAGUUAACGUGUUCAGGGACAUCAUUUGGGUAGGGCGGGGUGGGGAAUUCUGCUUCCCCCCCCCCCCCCUGAAUUUGCAGGUUUUAUCUAUAUUGCUAUCUGCUGUGGCACCUCCAGGGACAUCAUUUGGGUAGGGGGGGGGUGGGAAUUCUGCUUCCCCCCCCCCCCUGAAUUUGCAGGUUUUAUCUAUAUUGCUAUCUGCUGUGGCACCUCCAGUAAUAAAAAACUUAAGCCAACCAAGUUUUGGGUUUGCACCAUUCCCCCCCCCCCUGAAAAAACCUGAAAUAGCGCCUCUGUAUGGUGUUCAACAAGCUGGAUGAUAUCCUGUUUCAAACAUUUUAAACAGUUCAGUUUUUCUUGGAUUUCCCAGAGCAUAAAAGGUGUUACCGGUAGUUAAAGAGAACUUUUGCAGACAUCGUUGAUGUAUAGCCUACUGUAGAUUGUAAUCUUCCGUUGGAUUGUACUGUUUUAUAUCAUUAUGUCUAUGUUUCACGUAUUUAUUUUCACACUAUUUUGGUUUAUGAACAAUCCUACCACUACGUCACAAAUUUUAAAAGGGAGUCCUGGACAAAGAAAUAGUGCACCUAUUAUAUAGAAAAUGCCACCCAUCUGGUAAACUUGUGUUCUCUGUGCCACAAUGUUGCCCCAUGGCAGCCUUAUUGAUUGUCUGGAACCAUGACAUGUAACCAAGAUGGUGGCUGUGUAAUAAAACAACAACAACAAAAACUCACGUCUGCUAAAACGGGGAGGACAAAUGGAGAGAAUGUUCUGGUUUAACUAUUUACUAUGUCUAUAUGUACCUAAGAAAGAAGGUUAAUUAUGUGUCCUACUUUCAGCCAGUAGGCCCUACAUGCUCUGUUCACUCAACUAAACACAUGUGCGGCUCAACUUACACUUACACACUGUGGUAAGAAAACUACAAAUGAAGAAAAACAAUAAAAAUAAUUGUAAAACAAUGAAAACCCAACUUUAGUACUAUGGUAUAAUAGUCAUUACUCAAAUGACUGGGAGUGGUUGCCUAUGACUAUGACACACUACACAUAAUUUAUAGUAUGGACUCUACCGGGUAUUUAAAGCUCAAAUUAAAAUAUUUUGUUUAAAUACGGGUAUCUCCUAAGUUCACCAUCUCAUACGCGCCAUAGGGGGCUGCUGAUCAUCCAUCGAGCACCUCCCCAGGUGGUGGAUAAGGAAAGCCCACCUGAUAGAGAGGGUACCACUGGUACCGUACCAGGAAAUAAAAUACCCGUGGCAGACCAAAAUCAGACCCUACUGCCUCUAUUAAAUUUCUAUUAAAUUCAAAUUCCAAAUCAAAACUCUAUCAACUUACAGUAGAGAAAAGUAAGAGUACACUCCUCAAAAAUACUCAUGUCUGGUUUUAUGUUGGGAAAUCUCUCUUGCGCUAUAGAAAACCACCACUAAUAAUAUUAAUACAAAUAAAUAAAUGUGAUAAAAUAAAAGUUUUCCUUCUUUAAGUGCUUUGUAAAAAAAAUGACAAAAGUAGUACAGUUGUACAGAGCUAAUUUCGAAUAAGAAAAAUUGAACCAAAAUCAACUUUCCAGCUUCAGUAGUGUUGUUAAAAAAUUAAUUUUAAAAGACUGAGUUCGUUUGACUUUUUUAACUUUAUUAAAAUUGAAUGUUUAACCACAUUUUGUGACCCAAGCCAACUGUUGGGUCACUCUGUAGAACUCAUGUUGUAAUGUAAUGUCAUUUUUAAAAUUAAUUGUAAUCCAAAAGAAGUUAUUAUUUUAAAAUUAAUUUUGAUCUAAAUUGAAUACUAUUCACCAAUGUAUUUAUAUUGUAAUUAGUAUCAAUUCUUUAGUCAAUAAUAAGAUCAAGUAUAAAUUCAUUCGAUAAUGAGCAGUGGAAGAUCUAAAAAAUCAAUGUGCACCAUCAAUUAAAAUACAAUCAGUGUUUACAAAAUGUAAUGCCUUGUAUCACCUUAGAUAACAAAAUACUUACUAAAUUAUUUAUCUAGUACUAGUAAAUAUGUCUACCAGUAACGGUACUUAAAAUCAGGUGAAAAAUAAACAACUGUAACUGUAAUAUUGUAUGUUAUACAGAAUGAUAAUAAUAACGAAAGGUAAAAUUAAUAUAUAUUAUUAAUAAAUUGUAAAUAUGUUGUAUAGGUCAAGGGUUGGUAACCUAUGGCCGGCAAGAUAAAUUGUAAAUAUGUUGUAUAGGUCAAGGGUUGGUAACCUAUGACCGGCAAGUUUUCCAAUCAUUUAUAAUUUGUAUUUCUUUUAAAAAUUAAUAAUCACCGCUUUGAAUGCAUAACAUCUUUGCUUUUUAUAAAAAUAUCUGGAUUUAUUCAAAUUCCCAAACAGCAAGUUUCAGUAUUUAUUUACACUCCAAAAUUGAUGUCAUUGUUUCACCAUAUGGCUAAGUCAGGGGGUCAGCAACUUUUUUUAAGGAGCCAUUUUUAUAAAUUAUAUCUGUUAUGAAAAUAUCUUGACAGCUACACGUCUAGAUUUGUAAAAAAAAAAAAAAAAAACAGAUCGUCUUGAUUCCCUCAGUCUAUUUACGAUAUUAGUUUGGAUUUUUUUAGCAUCAUCAUCAAGAAUGCUUGGUCUCAGUCUGCACUGCAGUUUGGCAUUAUUUGCAUAUUUGAAUUGAUGAUAAGUGGGUGGGUUUUGUUAUACUACAAAGAAAAUAAAUGUUAAUAAGCAUUUUGCCAUGACCAAAACAUUUGUUUGUCAUGUUUAGUUUUACAUUAUACCUUUUUAUGGUUCUUAAAAAAGUAUACAUAAUUACUUUUAGGAAUUCAAGCAUUCUUAUUGUUUAGAAUAGAUUAGCUUUAGGAAGUCAAGCAUACUUAUUGUUCAGAACGGAUUAAUUUUAGGAAGUCAAGCAUUCUUAUUGUUCAGAAUGGAUUAAUUUUAGGAAGUCAAGCAUACUUAUUGUUCCUGAAUAAGCCUAUGACCCAGAUACAUAAAAAAAAAUUUUUGUUUGAAUACACAUACAAAAUUUUUUUAAAGUAAAAUGUGAUGAUUAGAAUUGUAACUCAUUAACAAGCUUUAAAAUUUGGGGUUUAGUUUUUUUCACACUGCAGAUUUGUUACUUGGUUUCCCUGCAAUGAAAAUGUGGCCAACAAUUUCAUUUUCAAGUAAUUUUUUUUUUUUACAGUAUAUUUUGCUGACAAUAUAAAAAAUCAUUUUGUUGUUGGAAGAUUAAAAUUUGUGAAAUACCAUGAAAUGGGGUGACUUUGCCUACUUUUGGCCUUUAAGCAUAAAUUUCAACAUGUUAACUGAUCUAAAAACUAACCCCUAGGUGCUAACAUGCAGAGUGGGUACCUAUACUUUGCAGAUUUUAGAGGAACUGUGUCUUGUUUUAAACAAUGGGGUUAAUUAAAAAAAAUAAUUGUAAUUUAUAUUUUUUCCUUGAAUGGUUGCUUAUUGGUAAAAAUCAAAUUUAAAAGAAAAAGCUUAAUUUAUUCAUUUAAAUAGCCUCAUGUAGCCAAGAGUUGCUGACCCUGGACUGGCAAAUAAAUUUAAAAUUAAUAUAAAGGAGUUCUACAUCAAAAUGCCAUUCUUGUGUCUGCUCAGAGUGAUCACCUACGUAGGAUUCUCAAAAUGGAUUAACCACUGAGAUUUGUGGCUUCAACAAAUUCACCUUGGGAAAUACCUUUAAAAUAACCUCAUGUCAUUCUCAACAUUUAAUUUUUUCAUUGCUUACAAAAAAAACAUCAAAUAAUGCAGUGUCGAAAAUUCAUCUCGCAGACAUGUGUAGAAGUAGAAGCAACUGAGAAUAUUUUGAUAUUACUCUAUUGUAAGGCAUCCAUUACAAAGGAAAAUUACUUGAAAGUCAUAAUUUUUUAUAUUUCUGCUUUUUGGCUAGGAGCAAAACAGAAAAUUUGAGUAAGCUUGCAUCAUUAUUACAUUAGCCUGUCCUAAUAGGACUAAAUAAUUUAAUUUUUAACACAAAGCAUGAAAUUUUUAUCUCAUUACAUAAUAACUUAAUUUAUUUAACCCUCAGGUUCCAAGCAGUUAAAGUGAGCAGCAUUUUCUGCUGCUCUCAAAUUCAUUCCCAGUCAAUGCCAUUGUGGUUCCACACAGCUCAAAAAUUAUGGUAGGUCUUUUUCUUAUGAAUUUCGAGCAGGUUUUUUCUUUUGACUUCAAAAAAUUUUUUGUUAGCUCCAGCUCUGCUUUGGAAAAAUUAAAAGAAUAAUUUUACAUUAAAUAUUAGGUUUGCACAGAUUAAUUUUCCUUAUAAGCCCUUUUGCCAAUUUAUUGUAAGCUGUUUGUUAUUUCCAAAAUAAUCACUCUGUUUAAUCUGCUGCAAUGACUAAAAUAUAAUGUAUUCAAAGGAUCAAGAUCAUUAUUUUUUUUUAGGAAAAGGGGUGGGUGUUGAGAAAUUUGCUUAUUUUCACUUAGCCAUCUUAUAAACUAAACUGAGCAUUAGAAACGUAUUUAUCAGAAACUUACGGGGUAGAAGAGUGGGGCACAUUGCUGCUAGAAGAGUGAGGCAAAAUUGCGGGUUGAAGUAUAGGAUUGGGGCAAAAUAGCCGGUAGAAGAGUGGGGCAUCAGUUUUAAUUACGGUAAUUAAACAUUACAAUUUAAAUUUUUUUUGUAUUUUUUAAAUUAAUUGAUUAAAUUUUUUUUUAUAACUCAAUACUAAGAAGUAAAACAUAACAUAUAUAUAUAUUUAAAAAAUAGCUGUAGAACCACGUUCUUUUAAAUUUUAAUAAUUAUAAAGAAUCUUUUUUUGUCUUUUCAAACAAUGGGGAGAAAAAGGAAUCCAACCUGAGUCCAGUGAUUUUUUUUUUCCUUUUAGUUCUCCCCUUAAAUGAGGACUCACUUGAUUAUUGCUAAGCAUUUUUAUUUUUCAUGUGUAAUAAUUCCAGCGGUUCCUUCAUUUUUUAUUUGUCAUGUGUAAUAAUUCCAAUGGUGUCUUUAUUUUUUUAUUUUUCAUGUGUAAUAAUUCCAAUGGUACCUUAAUUUUUUAUUUUUCAUGUGUAAUAAUUCCAAAAGGUUAAAAAAUAAAGAAACAUCAGUAUCGUUUGUUCCAUUAAUAUAAUUCCUAGAUCAUUCUUAUUUACUAUUUCCGAAUUCUCUAUAUUUCAUCACUUCACAGGGCUGAACCUAUGAAAAAGAAAAAAAGAGUUGAUCCUAGCAUCCUUGCAGCCCGUUCUGCUAAAAAGAUCAAAAGGAUAGAGAAAGAGAUCAAGAGGCUGGCAAAGAUUGGUAGAAUCUUAAAACCUAUUGAUGAGUUAGAAAUAGAUAAUAAAAAACUGAAACUGGCCAGGUAAGCUUUAAAAAAAUCCAAUUAUAAUAUCUAGAGUAAUAUUAUAAUAGUAUGCACUGCUAAGCUUUGCAUGAGUCAGUUUUGAAUUUAAAAAAAAACAUACUUUUUAAGACAUUUUUUUAAAUCAUAUAUAAAAUAUACAUGUAAAAUGUUAACUAUAAAAACUAUUCCUAUCUUCAAAUAAUCAUAUUUGAAGAUUCUAUCAUUAAGAUGUUUAUGCUCACUAACAAAACUCUUUCAACCCAUACCUAGUCACCAUACAACUCAAAGUUUAAAUAUUGUUUUUUGCAGUGAAAGAAAACGAGAGCCAACUAUUGAAUCACCAGAAGCAACAGAAAUGAAGGCCCUUUUGACAAAAGAAUGGGGGCGGUACCGCUCGAGGCAAUGGCGUUAUGAAUAUAAAAUAUAUCAACAACUGGUCCAUGCACAACAAGAGGCUUUAGUGGAAUUGAGGGCAGAAGCUGAAGAAUUGUAUAAAGCAGCAUUACAGGUGAUUAGUUCUACGACAUUACUGGUAAACACACUUAUAUUACAAUGAAAUAAAUCUAGAAUAUAACAGCAUAGUAGAAUACACUUACAUAAAAAUGAAAGGUAAAUCCACUCAUUAUAAUAUAAAAUUAUGCUUACCACAUUACUGUUUAAUGCAUAUCCGAUUUUAAAGUUUGAUACUUAUGUGUUCAAUUUUAGUCUCUCCAAAACAGAGGUUUAAAAAACGGGGCCAGUUGACCUGUCCCUCAGACAGUGGGGGUUGGACUUGAGUUUUUUUUAAAAAUAAAAUCUCAUUUGUAGUACGGAAAUUUGUUUGAAAGACUUUUGUCAAAGGAAAUUUGAUAGAAGUUUGAUUGAAUGGAAUUUCAGUCAAACAGAAAAUAGUUUUUGUGUGAAGGUGAGACUUAGAAAUGAGGAGAUUUGUUUCAACUGAAGAUUAUUCCUAACUCAAAUUUUGUCAAAUUUAAAAAAAAAAAACAAAUUACAGUAGCCUAGUUAUUUAAUAAUUGGAGAAUAGAAUAAAAGCAGUAAAUGUUUUUUAAAAUUGCAUUGUUUCAAACAAACAAACAAAUCUCCACAUAUCUCACUUGCACCACUUGGACUUACAAACAAACAAAUCUCCACAUAUCUCACUUGCACCACUUGGACUUACAAACAAACAAAUCUCCACAUAUCUCACUUGCACCACUUGGACUUACAAACAAACAAAUCUCCACAUAUCUAACUUGCACCACUUGGACUUACAAACAAACAAAUCUCCACAUAUCUCACUUGCACCACUUGGACUUACAAACAAACAAAUCUCCACAUAUCUCACUUGCACCACUUGGACUUACAAACAAACAAAUCUCCACAUAUCUCACUUGCACCACUUGGACUUACAAACAAACAUAUCUCCACACAGCUCACUUGCACCACUUGGACUUACAAACAAACAAAUCUCCACAUAUCUCACUUGCACCACUUGGACUUACAAACAAACAAAUCUCCACACAGCUCACUUGCACCACUUGGACUUACAAACAAACAAAUCUCCACAUAUCUCACUUGCACCACUUGGACUUACAAACAAACAAAUCUCCACACAGCUCACUUGCACCACUUGGACUUACAAACAAACAAAUCUCCACACAGCUCACUUGCACCACUUGGACUUACAAACAAACAAAUCUCCACACAGCUCACUUGCACCACUUGGACUUACAAACAAACAAAUCUCCACACAGCUCACUUGCACCACUUGGACUUACAAACAAACAAAUCUCCACACAGCUCACUUGCACCACUUGGACUUACAAACAAACAAAUCUCCACACAGCUCACUUGCACCACUUGGACUUACAAACAAACAAAUCUCCACACAGCUCACUUGCACCACUUGGACUUACAAACAAACAAAUCUCCACAUAGCUCACUUGCACCACUUGGACUUACAAACAAACAAAUCUCCACAUAUCUCACUUGCACCACUUGGACUUACAAACAAACAAAUCUCCACACAGCUCACUUGCACCACUUGGACUUACAAACAAACAAAUCUCCACACAGCUCACUUGCACCACUUGGACUUACAAACAAACAAAUCUCCACAUAGCUCACUUGCACCACUUGGACUUACAAACAAACAAAUCUCCACAUAUCUCACUUGCACCACUUGGACUUACAAACAAACAAAUCUCCACACAGCUCACUUGCACCACUUGGACUUACAAACAAACAAAUCUCCACACAGCUCACUUGCACCACUUGGACUUACAAACGAACAAAUCUCCACAUAGCUCACUUGCAUGAACAUUAACGUGUUAAUAUUUCAAUAGGAAAUAUUGGCCUGCUUUUUGCUUAAUGUCAAAGUUUGGUUCCAUAUUUGUCAUUGACACCUGGGUGUCAAAACUCCAGAUAUUUUAUUGAUUUAAUUCAUUAGAUUCUUUUACAGUUGUUCACAAGUUGUAUUAACACCGAAUUAAACAGAAGUCCCUUUCCAAUUAUACCGUAAUGAAACUUUAAUCCAGCAUUGUAUUUAACAGGCUGUUUUAUUUAAAAUGAAAUGAGUAAAACAAAUUAGAGUUAAAUCUGAAAAAAGGAAAGCAACAAAACAAUGAACAUGUCGGCAGGAAGCUUUCGUCAAAUCAAGAGAAAAAACAGAAUAAAUUUAAAAAUAGCACUUAGCUUAGAAGUAGUAUCCAAAAGGGCAGCAAAUGAAUUGUGACAGAAUGUAAGUGGGUGAGAGAUUAAAUUGGGAAGAGGGAAAGAAAAGAGGAGAUAGGUUGGGACGUGGAGGGGCGGAGCUAGGUUCAAGCUGUGAGAAGAGACAUGACGUUCAUACUAUGUGGUGUCCAUGUGCCAUAGGUCAGGAUAAGCUUGUGUUCGUGCUAGCCACGAUCUUGCAUAUUGAAAAGUCCGUCUUGCCCUGGUGAUCGCUAUUAUUGAAGUGUUUAAGACGGGACACUGUUUAUCUUGUGUAAUAUUACGGAGGUGUUUAGUACACCUGUCAGAGAAUCGGCGUCCAGUCUCCCCUAUGUACGUCAUCUGACAGCGGAGGCAGACAAUGGCGAAGACAACAUUGCGACUAGUACAAAGGAAACCGUCGCUUAUCUGAAAACUGCCCUUAGGAAAACGUAUGUGUUGCGUCUGGACGACAAAAGGACAAGAGUUGCAAUGGCUGCGUCCACAUGGCUUGGUCCCAAAGGUUUAACCCUACUUUGUUUGACUCAUUUCCUAUUGUGCUCACCUGAUUGCAGUCUCUCCCCUUAUUACCCGGCUACAUUUCAUGAAACAUAUAUAUAGAAGCAUUCGCUUUAAGAGAGAAUAAUGCACAACUAUCCCCUACAAGGUGCUUUCAAUGAUUGUUAACGAAUAAAAUAAAUCACCAAUUAAAUGGCGGGAAAAGCAUUCAUGAACUAAUAAAUCUCUUCAAACACUUGACACACAAGAAAGCAUAGAAUGUCUGCCAACUAUCCCCUACAAGGUGCUUUCAAUGAUUGUUAACGAAUAAAAUAAAUCACCAAUUAAAUGGCGGGAAAAGCAUUCAUGAACUAAUAAAUCUCUUCAAACACUUGACACACAAGAAAGCAUAGAAUGUCUGCGUUUCAAGUUAAUCAUUUAAUCUUAUAGAAAUGUCUGCUUCUCCUGGGUCCUAACUUUUAACAUCCCAGUUUCUCAUUGUUUACUUUUAUUAAACUAUUUAACUAUUUUUUCUUUAAUGAGAGAUUCAGCCCGUUCAUUCAUUGUAUCAUAUCAAUAACUUUAGCAUUUCAUUUCCUGUCCUUCAUACAUAUAAAAAACAAAAAUCUCUUUUAAACGCCAUAUGAUGACUAAUCAAAGUUUGUUUUGUUUCUCUCACUUAUUUCUUAUUUUCUCCUUCAAUAUACUCAAUGAAAUUCAACAUGUCAUUUAACCCAUGUUCCAAAGUCUGACAAUAAAUUAUAGGGGAAUAAAUGGCUCCAUUUAAUAGCAGCCCUAAAAUUAUGCACCUUCUUUUCUUUGGAAUGGACCAAACUAAGCCCUUAAAAAAUGCCAUAGGGCAGAUCAGGCCCUUCCUUUCCUAGUAGUACUGAGCAUUAAUAGAAUUAUUUGUAAACUAGAACUAGAAUGAUUUCUGCUUUAAUUUUAAUAAAUUUUUAAAUAUUUUUUUUCCUGACAUGCAGUUAAUCAUGCAACAGUAUAACCAAGUUAUGAAACAAUGACAGCACAUUUUUAUUCUUAAGAUUUUAAACUGAACAUAUGCUCAUGUUCCCAGUUUUUGUUUAUCCUUGUAAAAUGGGAUUUAAAAAAUCUCACGCUGAAAUCCCCCUGAUAAAAUUAAUUCAAUAAAAAAAAAUUAUUAAAAUUACACCCAAUUAAACUUUACAAGAGUGGCUUUUUAGACGUUUGCUUGUUAUUGUCUAUUAAUACAGGAAAAACGAUAGUAAGUUUACUUGAGAGGGUGGUCACUUGUUACUAGUUGAUCGCUUGUUACUAGUUGAUCGCUUGUUACUAGUUGCUUUAUUUUCCCCUACUCUCUUAGCCAGAGUAAUAGAUAACUAGCCAAUAAUAUUUAAUAUGCUUGUAACUCAUAAUAAUCAGAUAUGACCACCUGAAGAAAAAACCUUUACACUUUAAACAAGUUUUCUUUUGUAUUCUUUACAGGUCGCAAAUUCUAGUUUCAAAUCCAAUCAUGAAAUAUUGUUUGAUGCCACUCAUAUUUUUUUCAAAAUCUCACAGGUUCUGUCUCUAUAUAUUUCCUCGAAUUUCCAGACUCAAAAUAUAUUUUAAAAAUCAUUUUCAAAUCAGCGUUAAUGCUUAAUUUAGCACAUAUAUUUUGAGUUAUGGCUAAAAGGGUUCCCCGACCUUUGACUCUGAUGUAGAGUUAAGAGCUAAAAUAUAAUGUUAUUCUUUCUUUUUUUUGUAGUACAUUUCUAUAUUGCAAUAAUUUUUUUUAAUUAUUUAACUUAAAACCAAACCAAGUUAAAAUUGUGAUGAUGUCUUAAUUUAAAACCAAACCAAGUUAAAAUUGUGAUGAUUUCUUAAUUUAAGACCAAACCAAGUUAAAAUUGUGAUGAUUUCUUAAUUUAAGACCAAACCAAGUUAAAAUUGUGAUGAUUUCUUAACAGAACUUGAACUUCUAAAAUAGGGUUAGGUCCUGUCUCUAAUUUUCUAAUCCCAAAUAUUUUGAUAUAGCUUAGUAAUAUUGAAACCAUGCAUCUGCUAAAGUUUACAUGUUCACAUAUUCUGAGAAAAUGGGUCAUCCAUAUAAAUUUCCACACCCUCCUACCUGUUGCACCCAUUUUUUUAGGACCCCCACCCCUCUGGAUACGCACAAAUGAGCUGGAAAAAAAAAUUAAUUAAAAUUUUUUUUAAAUAUGCCAACUGUAAACACAGCUUUUCCUUUUGGGGAUGUUUUGUCGCAUCACAUCCAGCAUCACAUCCAGCAUCACAUCCAGCAUCACAUCCAGCAUCACAUCCAGCAUCACAUCCAGAAUCACAUCCAGCAUCACAUCCAGCAUCACAUCCAGCAUCACAUCCAGCAUCACAUCCAGAAUCACAUCCAGCAUCACAUCCAGCAUCACAUCUAGCAUCACAUCCAGCAUCACAUCCAGCAUCACAUCUAGCAUCACAUCCAGCAUCAUCUUGCACUAUAAAAAAUGUGUAUUCAGCCUAUGUAACUACUUUACAAGAUAAAAUGAAAUUACUGGUAAAUAUUGUAAGAAACUGAACUUCUCACCUGGAUCUUCUGGCAUGAAAUUUUGUGAGGUGUGAUAACAUAUAUAAUGGUCAUAUAUAAACCAAGUUUUCCAUAUCUGUUGCAAAAAGCUUAGUAUUAGCAGACUUAAUUUAAAUUUUACCAUUAGCUACUUCCUUAUUACUAUCAGUUGACACAAGGGCUUAAACAGGACAAACCAAGGAGAGUGUCCUUUAAGCUCGCCCAUGCGUUUUUUUUUUAAAAUGUUGCUUCUCAUUGAAUUUCUUAAUGCAAAAAUGUUUUGAAUUAGGCUGAGACUAAGACAUUUGUAUGUUAAUGUUGUGCAUGUAAAACAAUUGUAAUACUUUAUAUUAAAAUUCUCUACAGAUUGAUUAUGCAUUGAUUCCUGUUGAUUUUCAAGGACCGAAAUUAACUCCAGCAAUACAAGAUUACAGUGUUCCAGAUGGAGAAUAUGUAGACACCACAAGAAAAUAUUAAAACUAACUAUUAUGAUAAAAAAGAUUUUGUUUUUAAUGUACAUUUAAAGACCUGGAGACUUGUCUAUAGUGGUUGAACUGAAGGAACUCUAUAUUCUGCCAAGUCAUACAGAGCAAAUGGGCCAUCCAUAUAGUAAAUGGUAUGUAUACAAAAAAAGACAUCCCACCCCCCCUUCCAUUGCACCAUACUCUUUUGGACACCCACCUAUGUGUACAUACAAUGAGCUUUUCAUCUCCCCCUUACAGCCACCUAUGUGUACAUGCAAUGAGCUUGUAAUCUCCCCCUUAAAGUCACAAUACAGAAAUGAGACGCUCAUUUUCACCAUUGUUUGGCAAGCCAGGCGUGUUACCAAAAUAUGCACCGCGUCACCCUGGGGUGCUGCAUUGCCCUCAGUUAGGACCAUAAGAAAGAGGCAAAAGGGUCGCUCAAAAUGAUCUUAAGAUGGGAACUUCAAAGUGAUUGAAAAUAUAAAAUACCAUCUACAGUACCGGUACUUCACAAAAACAAGGGGUGGCAAAAAUCAUAGAGUGGCACUUUUUUCUAUGUUUUGCCUUAAAUUAAAGCUUAACCUUAGGCAUACUGUUUUACUUACACAGAUAUGGUAGUUUGUGUCCUAUUGAUUUUAGUCAAAAUAAAUUAUGCUUUUAUUGGAUAUUAAACCAAUUCUUGUUGGAUAGUAAA